UGCGAUGCGCAUCCACACUGCAGUUUGCUAGUUUGUGAGAGGAGGCGACUGAAGCAGGUGAGAGAGACAAUCAGAAAGGGAGGGAUAGUUGGUGGUACUUUUUCCGCACUACAGCACACACAGACACACACACAUACGGUGUGGGGAGGACGACAGACUCGGAGCCUCAGCAGAGCGCCGUUGUUCACACGCUGUGCUCUUUUCCUCCUCCGGGCACCGUGCGCGCUCGCCAAGCCGCACUGUUUGGAGAUAGUCCGCGCGGAAAGUUUUUUUUUUUUUUCUCUUUUUGGGGGAGCAUACUGUCUGGAGCCGAUUAAUUGUGCCAUCUGAAUUUUUUUUUUUUUUUUUGAGAGGCGGAUGACUUACUUUUUUUGCAUGUGAAUACUUUUAAGUCGAGCAGUGGACUUGUCAAAGUCGGGGUUUUGUUUUGCACAUAAUGGAAGGUAAAUUGACAAGUCGUUUGUGGCGAGGUUCAGCGUGUGGAUCUUUCGACAGGUAAACGCGCAAUGACCUGGGCGUACGAGCGGCUGGAUUUCGAUUUCAUAACUCCCUUUCGUGGUUCUUGGUGUGACAUGGUUGAGAUAUCAUCUAGUGCAGUUUGGGGGUAUUUAGCUUCUCGUAAAGUAGGCCGCUUUUAAUAAUAAGAAUAUCGACAUCCGACGUUUCCGCCAGUGGGUUGCCGUAGGUGGUUUUAUUUGUUGAUAGUAACCGCACAGUCGUGCACGGAUUCGGGAAAAGCUCUGUUCAUUUCCUUCUUCUUUUUUUAACGGUCUUUUGGACAUUGUAUGUAUCCCACUGCCUCCUACAAGCCCUCUCAGCGGUUUGGCGCACGGAGCGCGUGCAUUCGGUGACUGCUGAGCGUCCCGUGUUCCCCAAAGCGCCCAAGUGAAGGACUCCUAGACAUAGCGUGUCGCUUGCUUCAACCCGGCCAAGCACUGUCCAAGUAAGCCGGAGAAAACGACCAGGCUUGUCUUCACUGCAGUGGGGGGGUAACUUUAGUCCAGCCUGCUCUGCUCUGGGAUUAUUGGUUUGAUCUCGCCUUCACAACGUGGAUUACAUCUUCUAACGGGCCGCUCUCUCUCUGAUCAGACGGCAGCAUGAACCUGGGGCUGCGCUGUGUGUGUCGGCCGGACUGCUGGCCCUUUGGCAGCUUAUUGGACUCCAGACAUUGUGUCUUUGCCCUCACAAUCCUCACACUCCUCAUGCAGGUAGUGGUGGAGGCCAACUCAUGGUGGUCUCUGGCUAUGAACCCUUUACUGAUCCCAGAAGCCUACAUCAUCGGUGCCCAGCCUCUGUGCAGCCAGCUGGUGGGCCUGUCACAGGGCCAGAAGAAGCUGUGCCAGCUCUACCAGGACCACAUGCAGUACAUUGGCGAAGGAGCCAAAACGGGCAUCAGAGAGUGUCAGUACCAGUUCAGACAUCGGCGCUGGAACUGCAGCACGGUGGACAACUCCUCUGUUUUUGGACGGGUCAUGCAAAUAGGCAGCCGAGAAACGGCGUUCACCUAUGCCAUUAGCGCGGCAGGGGUGGUGAACGCGGUGAGCCGCGCCUGCAGAGAGGGGGAGCUCUCCAGCUGCGGGUGCAGCCGCGCCGCUCGACCCAAGGACUUGCCGCGUGACUGGCUGUGGGGCGGCUGCGGGGACAACCUCAACUACGGCUACAGGUUCUCCAAGGAGUUUGUGGAUGCACGCGAGAGGGAGAAGAGCUACCCCACUGGCUCAUACGAGAGCGCCCGGCUCAUGAUGAAUAUUCACAACAACGAGGCUGGAAGAAGGACGGUGUCCGACCUUGCUAACGUGUCCUGCAAGUGCCACGGGGUGUCAGGCUCCUGCAGUCUGAAGACCUGCUGGCUGCAGCUAGCGGACUUCCGCAAGGUGGGCGACGCGCUGAAGGAAAAGUACGACAGCUCCGCUUCCAUGAAGCUCAACUCGCGUGGAAAGCUGGUGCAGAAGUUCAGCAAUUUCAAUGCUCCCACCAGCCACGACCUGGUGUACAUCGAGUCCAGUCCAGACUACUGCCUGAAGAACCAGAGCACAGGCUCCUUGGGAACGGUGGGGCGCCUUUGCAACAAGACCUCGGAAGGCAUGGAUGGGUGCGAGCUGAUGUGCUGCGGCCGCGGCUACGAUCAGUACAAGGCCCAGAUCGUGGAGCGCUGCCACUGCAAGUUCCACUGGUGCUGCUACGUCAAGUGCAAGCGCUGCACCAAAACCGUGGACCAGUUCGUCUGCAAGUGAGCGGAGCGUCGGCCCGCGUGUGCUUGCUUGCUUGCUGGCUGGCAGACGACGGGCAGCCACCCGGCUGUGAAUGCGAGCAAAGGAGUUGAACACACACAGAAAGAAUGGAGGAAAAAAAAAGAAACUAUAUAAAUUAUAUUUAUAGAGUUAAAACAAAUAUGCCAUUGCAAAAAGACUGACUUUUUUUUUUUUUUU